AUGAAGCAAAAUAUUGGACGGGGCGAAUUUUCCCAGUUCCCCAAUUUGUCGCAGACAAGCUGCCAGGGAGACGACGUUUCAACUUACGUUCAACAUUUAAAUGCCCUCUAUUCAGAUUUUGAAUCUAGGUUUGAGGAUAUUUUGACUAUGGUAAUACCACCGUGGCUAAUUAAUCCAUAUGGUGACAUAGAAGAAACGAAUGUCAUAAUACAAGAGGAACUGACUGAACUAAGUACAAACGAAGAACUUAAGGUUCAGUUUAAAAACGGAUAUCAGCAAUUCUGGCUGCAAAACACCAUACCCGUUACUUAUCCCGUAUUAUGGAAUAUAUCGAGGAAAUUUUUAAUUUCCUUUCCAUCGUCAUACCUAGUAGAAAGGGGGUUCAGCGCUGUUACAAAUCUCCUAACGAAAAAAGAAACAGACUGGACAUCAUUAGCCGAGGAGAUUUAA